GAAAUGGAUCUGGGCUUGUAGAGAAAAGCAACUCUCCCCUUUGAGAGAAUAAGAAUGCAGAUGCAGUCCUUUGUGAAUGACAGUGGCCUCUGCCGCUUCACAGGAUUUCAUCAUGUGCUCUUCAAAAUCUAGGAAGAAGUCCUCCCAGUCCAGCCACAGAAUGUUUUCUUAGCACCAGACAGCUAUCACAAGGGGCUCAGACUGGGCUUCUGAUCCAGCAGAAGUGUGGUUGACCCAUUGACCCAUUCACUGAGGCAAUGGACACCCACGUGGACUUGCUGACCGAGCUCCAGCUGCUGGAUAAGGUGCCCACACUGGAGCGGCUCCGGGCGGCUCAGAAGCGCAGAGCUCAGCAGCUGAAGAAGUGGGCACAGUAUGAAAAAGAGAUGCAGCACAAGAAGAGAAAGCAUGAGAAGAAGAGAAAUGCUGUCAGCCGCAAGAAGGUUUCCUUUGAGGCUAGUGUUGCAUUGCUGGAAGCAUCGUUAAGAAAUGACAUUGAAGAGGUCUGUUAUUUAUUGAACAACAGCUUUAGUCCAGACCUGUGCAAUGAAGAUGGAUUAACUGCACUGCAUCAGUGCUGCAUAGAUAACUAUGAGGAGAUAGUUAAGCUUCUUCUGAACCAUGGGGCCGAUGUUAAUGCAAAGGACAAUGAACUGUGGACUCCUCUGCAUGCAGCUGCAACAUGUGGACAUAUCAAUCUGGUGAAGAUCCUAAUUCAGCAUGGGGCAGACUUGCUGGCAGUGAACGCAGAUGGCAACAUGCCAUAUGACCUCUGUGAGGAUGAACCAACUCUAGACGUCAUUGAGACUUGCAUGGCAUACCAGGGCAUCACACAAGAGAAAAUCAAUGAGACACGAGCAGCCCCAGAACAAACAAUGGUUGAUGAUAUCACAGAGCUGAUAGCAACUGGGCAAGAACUGAACAGAAUGGAUGCUCAAGGUGCUACUUUGUUACAUAUUGCUGCAGCCAAUGGAUAUCUACACGCGGCAGAGAUCCUUCUAGACCAUGGAGCAAAACUGGACCUCAAGGACUGGGAUGGCUGGGAACCCCUCCAUGCUGCUGCAUUCUGGGGACAUAUGCAGAUGGCAGAAUUGUUAGUGUCACAUGGUGCAAGUCUGAGUGCCCGAACAGCCAUGGAUGAGAUGCCAAUAGACCUCUGUGAAGAAGAAGAAUUUAAGGUUCUGCUCUUAGAACUGAAGCACAAACAUGAUGUCAUCAUGAAAUCUCAGAUGAGACACAAGUCCUCCUUGAGCCGGAGAACCUCAAGCACUGGAAGCAGAGGAAAAGUGGUGCGAAGGGCAAGUCUUUCUGACAGAACAAACCUUUACAGAAAGGAGUAUGAGAAGGAAGCCAUUAUCUGGCAACAAAUAGAAUCUUCAGAAGAGCAAAGAACCACCGAUUAUAAUGGGGACAUCCGGGAGUCUUGCUCCAACCAAGAGAACACAGAUCCAAACUCUACAGUAGAUAUGUCCACAGUUCUUCCAGAGUUGGUAACCAAAAGUACACAGUGUGACUCGAACACUCUGCUCCAAAAUGGACUCAGUUUAUCCUCCACUGCUUACCAAUACACUGUCCCCAAUGGAGAUAUUUGGAAGAUGCAUUCUGCUUUGGACAAUGAUGCAAGCCAAGCAUUGCCCUAUGAUGCUCCUGCAAUCUCUGACUCUCAUCAGAUCUGGGGUGGCUACAAAGAAAGGAGUCACCAAACUCUCUCUGAGCUGAAACGGCAGCGAGCAGCAGCCAAGCUUCUCAACCACCCCUUCAUCAGUACACACUUUGGUAGCAAUGUGGGAAGUACAACAGAAAAUGUGGGAGAAGCAAAAGAGCACUUGAUUAGCUCCAGGACUCCUACCUAUACAUCCAAUGGGACUUCAGUUUAUUACACAGUAUCAAGCGGUGAUCCACCUCUCUUAAAAUUCAAAGCUCCCAUGGAAGAAAUGGAGGAGAAAGUGCAUGGGUGUUGCAGGAUUUCCUGAUCUAAAUUCAUUCCUCACUGAUGGAAAUACCAAGCUGGGUGGGCAUGUUACAUCCAUUACUGAACCUUGGUUUUAACCAUUGCUAAAUGGGAGAACCUGAAUUGGUCAUUCCAGGCCAGGUUCUACCAGGCUUAUUCAUUUAUAGUACCUUACUUUGCUUUUGCAGUUCCACUGAAAUCAACAAGUACAGGUGGGAAAGAGAAGUCCAUAGGGAAAAUUCCUUAUUAAAAAUUGCUGUCCACUAGUGUGUGAAAAAUGAUUAAACCCAUUUGAUUUCAAAUCCCAUUUGAUUUAGGAUUUCCAUUUAUAGACUUCCUUAGGCCACUAUGUUUCCCAAAACUGGCACUUUGGGAACACAAAUUUCUCAUCACAUGCUUGGUGCACCAUAUCAAAGGUAUGUGAUUGGAAUCCAGCACUUUUAUAAGCAGACUAGUGGACUGUGGAAGGAUCCAGUUGGUCUACACAAACGUGAGGUGUUUGCACACAGGAGAUAUAUGCACUUUAACAACCAGUCUGAAGGUUUAGCUUGUUAUGAGAAAACACAUUUAGGACAUUAUUUAUAUUAUUGCCAAUUUUGAGCCAUCAUUUACUGCAUUACUCUUUGUAUAAAAACGGAUAGGUCAUGUCUGCAAACUUUCACCCUUUCAUAAAAGGGUGGAAUAUUCUUAGUUCUUUAGAGGAGAAAUACAGUUAAACAGAAUUUAUGGUCAAUGUAUAAUAUUCUUCACCAGUAGUCUUUUUACUUUGCACUUGUACAGUUUCAAUUUUAUCAUAAAUUCAAUUUUAUUAUGUUUCAUCAGCAAAUUAUGGCUUUGGUUUUCUCCAAAGCUCUGUUAGGAAAACUCUUCUUCCACUCAACCUAACUUCUCACCAUGCAGACUCGUGUAAUUUUUUAAAAUCUUGCAUCACUAUACCUAUGAGAUAAUUUAAAAUAGUUCUUAAAUAUUAAUGUCUAUGAUCUACCCAUUUUUGGAAAAAUCUCUAUCUUACUGUUUUUUCAUAUCAUUCUCUUUAUAUUUAUCACUGUUUGCUUUUCUCAGAAUUUCUUCCUGCCAAGGCCAAUAAAAGAAUUUGGUGGGCAGAAUUUUUAAGCCUGAAAAUACCUAAUUUUGACAAUUGUAGGUAGUAUUACACAUUAUGGAAAAUGAAGGGCUGCCACUGAAACCGGUAUAUCCAGGUUGAGUUCUCCUUUGUCAUAAUGUGGGGUUAUACUUAUUCCAUGCUGUGAUGUACAGCAUGAUGCAUUGCCCCAUCCCACUGCUGUCAAAGAAGGAAGAAUACAUAUCAUGGCAUUACUGCAAGUGUUACUAUAUGUUACAAAAAAAAAACAAUUUUGUGUCUUCUGUAGCAUAUAACCCAACGCACAUGGAAAAGCUCUUUCUUCUGGGCAAAAGCUAUCUCCUAGCAAUAAUUUUAGGAUACACUUGUGAAAGGCACUAAAGCCAAGGGCUCUACAUCCU